AUGCAGGACUUAGCAGGGCCUGAUAUGCCCAGGAUGUCCCCUGUGUUUGAUGGCAUUGCCCUCUUAUGGGGCUUCCUCUUUGGAUUAUUCAUUGCAAGUGCACCAGUGAUGGCUUGUCCCACAAGUUGUCACUGUAUAGAGAAGAGUGGCAUGACGGUCGUCCAGUGCAUGUCUCGCAACUUGGAGAAGAUCCCAUCAGAUCUUCCAAGAGAUACUGUUAUCCUGCUUUUGGCAUCCAACCACAUCACACACAUCCCCAACCAUGCCUUCAAAGAACUGCACUACCUUCAGGAGGUGGACCUGUCCAACAACGAAAUUGAGACAAUGGAUGUUGGAGCGUUUCAAGGUGUUUCUGACAGCCUCCUUGUGCUGGAUCUAUCAAACAAUCGUAUCCAAAGUGUCCCCAAAGAGGCAUUUGCCCGUCUUCGAGCAAAAAUCAGCCUCUCAAACAACCCAUGGCACUGUGAGUGUACACUGCAGGAGGUCCUGAGGGAGCUGCGACUGGACCCCGAGACAGUGAACGAGGUGAUCUGCCACACAGCAGUGCAGGAGGAAUACGCGGGCAAACCGGUAAUCCAGGUGCUGGACUCAGGGAUCAACUUCUGCAACUUUCAUCACAAGACCACCGAUGUAGCCAUGUUCGUCACCAUGUUUGGAUGGUUCACCAUGGUGAUUGCGUAUGUGAUCUACUAUGUGAGACACAAUCAGGAGGAUGCUAGAAGGCACCUGGAGUACCUCAAGUCACUGCCCAGCAGCUCUCAGAUCAGCAAGGACUUUGAUACCAUCAGCACUGUUCUCUAG